AUGCAUAAUCCCAACAGGAGAAACUUUUCGAAUAUACAAAAGAAAAAAAACGUGAACGACAUUUUACAAAUAAAAAAAGACAGAACUUAUCAAACUUUUGGCACACAUACAACAUAUAGUAGAGCCAACCAUCCCAGUUCUAUGGUUAAUCCAAAUUUUCCAACUAAUGGAAAUAGACGAAAGGAGAUGAAUGAUGAAACGAUAUAUGGUUACAGCAACAUAGAGGUUAAGAAUAAGAUUUUAGACAAAGAAAAUAUGAUAAAAAAUAAAGUUUAUAACAACGCUAGCAGUAGUUUGAAAAAGAAGAAUUAUUAUGAAAAAUUAAACGCCACCAAUAAUGAGGAAAAGGAAUUUGUCAAGCCGAAAAACACCGUUCUGAGUGAACACAUUGGUAAAAAUUACGUCGAAAAGAAGUAUGGCGAUCAUAACAAUUUGACGAAGGAUCGAUCCAAGUUUCGAAGAAUAGGUUACUAUAAUGAGGAGAAUAGUUUAAAAACGAAUUCCGCGUAUAACACUGUAAAUAAUGCGGUGGCUAGCAAAGGUGCUGUCCCCAAUGCGAGUGGCAGCGCACCGCAUCGCAAGUUUAACGAUUUAAAGGAAGCUCCAAGUGGAACUGCCGGAAACAACACCGAGGAGGCUAUUAACAACGCGAAAGGAGGUGCCGCGGAGGGGACACAUAGUCAGAAACAAAAUUUCGAUCAUUUCGGAAAGAAGAAUUUAAUGUAUACCAAAAGUAACAAGGAUCAUAGGGGGAAUUAUAAUUACUCCAAGAUGAACAGAAAUAUGAACAAGUAUGGCAAUGCCGAUUUUAGGGAUCCCCCCCAAGGGACAGUUCCGGUGGGAACAACAGGGGUAGGAACACAAGGGGCGGUACCACCCCUACCACCUCAGCCCAUUUCCUACAUGGGAAGGGACAAACUAUACCAGAAAAAUCAGAUCGAACAAAAUAGUAAGCCCAAUAUGAAGAAUGUCAUGGGUGGAAAGGGUAGCUAUAAAAACGACACACUAGCGCCAAAGGAUAAAAUUUUGAAUGAGGAAAAUUUUAUCCAACAUAACAAAAUGAGUGAUAACGGUGUAGCAACAGGUUUGGGACAUAACGAGUUCCAGAGGAAUAAAAAUGUUCCUAAUAGUAAAAGCGCCAUGAUGAACCAAAAAAAUGGAUCCAAAAAAGGAAUACACCAUAGCAGGCAUAAUGACGACAUGGUUAUGAACCACGAAAGAGCCCCUAAUAAUUACGCAUUGAAACAUCAUAACCCUAAUAUGAAAAGAAACAUGUAUGCCCAUUACCCCAAUGCAUCGAAAAAUGAGAAAAAUAUGCCUCAACAUAAAUACGCGGUUGACAAAGAUGGAAACAGAAAGGAGCACCAGAAUUUUUCCCUAAGUACAAUAGACUCGAAUUUUUCUCAUCAAAAUGCUUUUGACAAAAAAUUUGGUUCGAAAUUUGUCGACCCACAUAUGAAGGAUCGAAUGGAGGGCAUUAAGGAAAACUCAGCCGACUUUAGUGCCCCCCUGGGUGAGACCAAAGGAGAAGAUAAAAAAUAUCCCCAAAAUUCGUCUAACAAUAAUGAAAAGGGCAUUAAUGGAUUGGACAGGGGUGCCCCAUUAGGCGAUAACGAGGAGGAUGAAUAUCUUUCCACAGUCGAGUACAAUCACUGCCCCCAAGUGGUAGGUGUCGCCACCACCAAUAGUUGCGUGAACAAUAACGCAGGUGGUAAUAACACUAAGCAGUCAUUUAAGAAAGACGGAGGUAAUGCCCCUAAUGGGAGUGGAAAUGCCAACUUGGGGGAGAAGCAAAGAUUUUUUGACAGGGCAGAUGUGAAUGCUCCUUCGAAAAGUUACCAGUAUAAUACAGUCGAUUCGGGCAAAGUAUCCCCCGAGUUUGGUAAUGACAAAGCGAAUAUGAUGACAUGUGAGAGGAGAGGCCGGAACGUGGAGAAUGCAAGUGAUGUCGUCUCAAACGUGGCCGCGGUUAAUGUGAAUACAUUUAACCUGGGUAGUGCCAAUAGAAUAUCUAAGCGUUAUACAGCUGUUAAUACGCACCAUAUGAGGGAUAAGUCCCUCCCGCAAAGUGCAAAUCCAUAUGGUAGUACCCCUCAAUAUGAGGACGCUAAACAGGUAAGAAAACGUUACAAUAAUAUGCAAGGGACGUAUAAAGGCAAGAAAGCUACGAACUAUGAUCCUCCAAAUGAUGAAGACUACCAGAGGUACCCCUCAUCAGAGGAUUAUAAUAAUAAUAGUAAUCACUUGAACAAUUUUUUUUACGAAAAUGUGAAUAACAACGAGGAGGAACGUAUGAGCAAAAACGCCAAUGACGAUGUUGACUUGGAUGAGAAUCAUUACAACCCCAGAAAGGAACAUAAUUAUGCCAACCGAAAAAUGAAUUAUCAGCACUACCCAGAGAGAAGCGUGAAGAGACUCCAUCACGAUACAAUGAUGAAUUACGCAAAGGACAGUAGAAAAAGAGACUCUUAUGGCCCCGCGUUUGAGACAUACUCGGAGGAGUAUUACCCCGACCAGGAGUGUACGUCCCAAGUGAACUCUGCCUACGAGGAGUACCGGGAGGAGGACUACCCCGAUGUCUCAUACUCAGACAUGGAUAACCGUGAGAAUAGGCGAAAUUACCAGCGGAGCUAUUCGCACGACUCGAAAAGCGAAAAAGGCGCGCUCACAAUCAUCAGACUACCAGCUGAGAACAAAAAACAAGUAAAGAAAAAAAAAAAGAACAUAGUUAGUUAUGGAAAGUCCUUAGCCGAAAUGUAUAGUACAGCCAUCCCGAUAAACGAACAAGUUGACCCCUAUGCAUUAAAGGCACUGUCAAAGAACGAAAAUUUAGAUGAGAAAAUAUAUGCACUGAUUCCAAAGUCAGUGGUUGAGGUUCGUGAAUAUGAUGAUGUUACUCAUGUUACUUUGCAGUCCUCUUCGCCCCUUUUCGUUAAUCAAAAUGAUAAUGUGAAGCAGCACAUUAUAACCACUACGUACCAUCAGAAGAGCGAUGACAUUCCUAAUAUCGCGUCUUGUGUGGUUCCGGAGUCCGACGAGUCGUUGAAAGAGUCACUGGAAAAAUCUAAGGAGUCCCUAAGCGGAGGAGAAAACGAUAAAAAUCUCAAGUCCAUAAUCAGGGGAACGUCGCUCAGAAACAAAAGCGGAUCGUCCCUAAGCGUCAAGUUUAAGUUGUCCCAAGGGGACCAGGAAAACAAGUCGCAGGGGGAAAAUGAAAAUAAAACUAAGUCUCUUAAGGGGGAAGAUAAUGAGAAAGAAUUAAAUAAAAAAAUAGAAGAUCACAUCCUAUCGGAAGAAUUAAGAAAUUUAAAAAUUGACAAAAGCAUUACGGAAAAAAAAAGGGCUUCGAUAUUUGAUGAGCCGAAAAGGAGACUGAGACAGGAAAAGAAAAGCGAACCAAAUAGGAAACUCGUUUUGGAUUCAAAUAAAGUAAAAAAUGCUACAGAAAUUAAGUUAAAAAAAAUUCAGCAUGUUACUGGGUUGCUCGAGAAAUAUGACAUACCGAACCCUUUCGAGAGCUACAACUUGGACCCCAUAGAUUACUCCCAAUUGCCUGGAAAGAAUAACAGCGCAAAGCUGAUGAGCCUGGCUCACACGGUUUCAAACAGUUACUACAAGUACGUUUUAAAGAGUAUGGAAAAGGAAGAAAUUAAAGAAGUCUUCAACGAGAAGCGGAAAAAAAUGAUCCUCAAAUUGAUAGCCUUGUUAGGGAACCAAAUAAAUUCCGAAAUUAAGAAAAGAUUUUCAGAGGCCAAUGCGGCGGACACCUCCAAAGAAAGUGCACUGAAAAAAAAAGAAAAUGUGAAGCCAAAAAUGAGCCCGAAGGAAAGGGAAAUAAAAGUUGAAGAACAUAAUUUGAUAUGUCAGUACUGGGAAAAACAGAGCGAAUGUAUGAGCAUGCUAAUAAAGGAGUGGAAUAAGAUCUCAGAAAUUUUAGAAUCGAUAAAUGUAGAUCCUAAUAACAUGAUUAGUUCUCUGAUUUCCCUGUAUGGUGAAAAAACUGUCAGCGAUUUUCACCUCAGUUUUGACCAGAUAAAGGAAUCCAACAUUGAAUUGGAUGUGAACGUUGAUGACAUUUCCAUUCCGAACAUUGGGGAACCCCCCGAGAAUAAGUUCGACCCAACUGGACUGACUGUGGCGAGCUUGAUUCAGGACAUGAAGUGGGACGUGGACCUGGAGUUCUCACUUAACCAAAUAAGGGAAGAAUGGAAAAAUGAGAAUAAGCAGAAUAAGAAGUUGAUACAGAAGAAGAUCAUCGAAGGGAUAAAACACAGGAUAGGCCUCCUCGACUACCUGAACAAAGUAGAAGUGAACUUAAAUGCAUUCGCCAAAAUAAUCGAAGGAAGGAUGAUAUCGAAUGAUGACGUGAAAAGCCAGUUGAGGUCUAUGCAAGACUUAAGUGAGGAUGGAAUUUUGUCGAAACUUUUGGAAAACUUAGAAUGUAAUAAAAUGGAUAUAAAUGCAGAUUCGUUUAGAACUCCGACGUCGUUUUUCAUUUCGCAUCAUUUGCCUAUGACUAUGUGCUCACUGAGUGAUAAGUCUAAAAUGGACGAUGUGAAGGAGCGCGAGGAAAACGGAAGCAGCGGUGAUGGCAACGGUAGCGGUAGUGGAGAAAGAGGCAGCAAUAGUAGUGGCGACGGAAGUGGUAAUGGAAGUGACAACGGAAGCAGCAACGACAAUGGGAAGGGUAAUGAUAACCAGAGUGAACAUGAACAAAAUAAAGAAAAUGAAAAGAACUCCGAUGAAGAUACCAGUGAAGUGAAGGAAAUCGCCGGCGAAGAGAGAAGGCGUGAGUGA